GAGUCAGUUAAGAGUAGUGGACCUACUUAUGUCUACGGUAGAUCAAUUGUGUUUGAGAAAUCUGCAAUAGUGUAGAUGAUGCAGGGCCACAAACAUUACAAAUACCGCCACGCCGAUUUUAGCAGCACUAUUACUAUCGCUAGCACGAUUUACUCAAUGGAUUUACGUUCAGUAAAUAAUUAUUCUGUAAUGCAAGGUCGCUAUAUAGACGAAGCAGAAUGACCGCAGUGCACAGUUUGCGCAAAUGGUAAAGUAAGAGAAGGAUUAACCAGAAUUGUGCUUUACACGCUGGUUUCAUGGAUCAUAAACCGUUUAUUUGGACUAAUGAUCGACAGAAGACGCUCAUCGACUUUUUCAAAGACAACGAAUUCCUCUACAACCCAAUACACCCGGACUAUAAAAAGCGACGAUUGCGGGACAAGAAGAUUCUGGAGCUUUGCAGCACUCUUGGAUGUUCCAUGUUGGAGUGCAAGAACAAGUUCCACAACUUGCGAACCUACUUCUUCAGAGAAUACAACAAAGUCCUAAAACACAAUUCGUGUGAUGGCAACGGUGAAGAGAGCUACACAUCAAAGUGGGACUUUUAUGAGGAUAUGAAGUUCCUAAAUGUUUGCUACCUCCCAAGGACACUAGAAGCAAAUAACAGUAGUGAGAACCAGUUAGAUACUGCAUCAGAUACAGCUGCGAAUGACUUUAAAGUUGAGGGAGGCAACAACACAAGCAUCCUGGAACCCGACUGCCUGAUUGACGAGCUAGAAGUGUUUGAGACGGAAGUGGACGCGUCGAGCACAUCGGAAACGAAUGCGCAGACUCCUCCGCACAAGAGGAGAAGAUUGGACAAGGCGGCACAUCCACAGAGGAACCUCCUAGACGAAGAACACUAUUUUGGAAUGUAUGUGGCUGCAGCACUACGAACGUUUGAUUCUGUGUCGCGUGACACUGCCAAGGUCAAGAUUUUGGACCUCAUCAUGCACUUGCGACACAAUGUGGAUCCUGGUCGCAGAAAGACGAAGGAUUCGUUGUAGGCAAAGCUCUCGCUGACAACAGUGGGCGUUACCCAUCUUCAGUAAGUAAGCUGUACGUCACCAUGAGCAAUGAUUGGGUAUCUGUUGUACUAACCAGGUCGUGUAGCUAGAGGUUGUAUGUGAUAGCGUGAGGGCACACAGAGCAUGUCCGCAUUUUAUACGGAUCCCUGCUUGGUCCUGCGUAGAGCUGGAUGAAUAGCGUGGGUUUCAAAUAGAAACCUUGAAAGAAAUUACCUUUGAAUACUGAUAUAUUGAAUAAUAAGCAAUUUCUGCACAGGAGCGUUGUUGUUAUGACUGUGCUUAUUUGAUAUCAUCUGGCAUAGUCUCUGUGUAAACAAAAUUCUCACACACAAAACAAUUUCAGUAUACUGUAGGGCCACCAAUGCGUGGUAAUAUGAUAAAAAAAAAAUGCUCCAAAAAGGCUGAUGACAGUUGCAGAAAUGCACAUGGAGAAAUAAGAACAUGAAUAGACUGGUAACAAAUAAAUAGGUGAGCUGGUGGGCUUCAGUCUGUGGGAUAGAGCAAAUUGUUUGUUGAUGUGGUUACCUGCAAUAGGAAAAGUAUGCAUAGAGCAUCCUGGACACAAUGUGAAUCCAUAACCUGUAGUUUUUUAUGUAAAUGAUAACUGUUGCUCAUGAUGUAGAAACUAUUUACUGGAAACAACAACGCUGUCACGCUGUUCAUGAACAGGCGUUUGUGGCCAGGAAUGUUGUGCUUGCCCUGGUCAGGAGCAGUGCCGUGCAUGCCAAAGGGAGUCUGGCCAUUAGGAGGAGCCUAAAAAAGAGGCUCGAUCUGUCAAUCAAAUUGAGCGUUUUUCAUUGGCUGCUGUUUUUUAUGCGGGCCGCCAUGACACCAGAAUUUUCCCGAAAAUGGCGGCGUAGCUUGGAACGGCGAAGCGAGGAUUUCACGACAAUUUUUUUUCACAAAUCAUGUAAAUUUUAUUCCGUAAGUGUACAUUGUGUUGCAAUUAUCUUGCAAAUCACCUUUAAAUUACGUUCCAGUGUCGAUGUUUACCUGAAAAAAAUUUUUCGUUGUCCAUGUUAGGCCUAGUAACGACAGCGAUCACAGGCAAAUAGUAAGAAAAAUGCUACGGAUGGCCAAAAAUUUGCAUUUGAUGACAUACUUUUAUCCAUAUACACACCUUUGCCCGUUCUUGGUUCAAUCUUGUUAUAUUUCAUAGUUAAAAUACGUAUAAUACCGGCAGUCUGUUCCAAGUAGCGGUUCUGCCGGCCAAUCAGUUCUGCUAGCAAGCACUUCUGCUUCUGCUACUUCUGCCCUUCUGCUAUUCUGCGUCUUCCCGACAUGCCCCUCUCCAUCCGGAUGGUGCCGUUAAACGUGGACGCAAAAUCCAUUAUGUUGCUAGGUCGUCAGGGGAUAUCCUAUUCAAUCUAAUCUAAUCCAGUUUCCCGAAAAUGUCGGCACCCAGUGAAUACAGGUAAUAUAUAGCUUGGAUAGCCUGAGAUUAAUAGCGAACUGUAUUUUGGCUCGUGAUUGGCCUGAGAGCUCAAAAAGUGGGUGGAGCUCCAGGUAUAGGCAGGUCCCAUUAAUGGCCAGACUCCCUUUGGCAUACACGGCACUGGUCAGGAGCUUCUGCAUCAUGCAGUGGUAAAGAUUUAAGCAACUGCGUGCCAUACAUGAAAUAGUUCUAAUAGGAUGCAGGUAUUGUAUUAUUGCGGUGAGCCUGCAACUGCUAUGUCAUCGUUAAAUAUUUAUUUGAAGGUUCCACUCCCUGCGCUUUUUUUAAUUUUUUGUUUUGUUUUAGUGCCAGUGGUAGUGCUUUGUAUAGAGCUUCAGGGCAUACCUUUUAUAUGAUCAAUAUGUGAUAUUUACAUCUGUGGGACUUUGUUUCAUCUCCUUUCUUUUGGGGGCAAUGUUUAAAUGUAUAAUGGUGGCAAUAUUUAAACAGGUAUGUCAGGUGUGCUACGUUAUUUUAUGUGUAUAUAUAUGUGACGUUCUGCCCGUGCUUAUACCAUCUACUCAUCUGUGCUCUUUUUGAGCUAGGGUCACUCAUACCUCCAGGAUGUACAAAAAUUAAUAAUUUGAAUAAUGUGUUAUCAAUGUGCUUACGAGGCAUUAUCCUGCAUGGUCUCAGUGUAAGUUGUAUUCUUUGUCUUAACUGUUUCAGAAAGCUGUGGGGACAAAUUUCUGGAUAAUAUGAUGGAAAAUGUUCAAAAUGCUGGUGACAGUUGCAGAAAUGCAGUUACUUACACAUGAUUGAAUCGUUGGAAAUACAAUGUGCACAGAGUCGAGUCAAAUGCACAUAACUGGUAUAUAGUAUAUACAUUCAAUCCAUUCCCAUUCACAGUUUGCACACUCACACAAAUAUUAGCAUACUCCUACUUUUAGUGAUUUUGCUAUUCAGAUUCUGCAUAAAACACGAAGUAUAUCGUGAAGAGUAAACACAAAAGUAGUGUCAAGAUUGCUAUAAGCCACAGAGGCUAUGCUCACGAAUGGCACACACAAUUCAGGACUCAACAUGCUAUGGAAUAUUCCUAUCUCUACACCCAUGAGGGCACCAUGUUUAUCAGCACAUUUGCCUGUUAGCUUAUCAGUUUCAGUUUCCUGUUACCGCAGUAUAAGCCAGUAGGCUGUAGUUUGAUACGUAUUUGGAAAGAAUCGUGACCUACUACAAGUGCCACUUCUGAUUUGUGUAACAUCCACGAGCAAAGCAAAUUCUUUACCUGCUCAUGCGCAAUUCGCGGCGAGACCCUCACUAGGGCCGCCUCGUGGUGGGGACCCUCGUUUCUGUUUCGUUUCUGUUACUUACAGUAAAAACUGUCAUAUUGGAAUGAAAAUGCGGCUUACUUGGAACACAUACGACGUUUUCGUCAUGCAUUGUCAGGAAAUAUCAUCGCUGGACAGCCUCUUGCACGUGCAAUGCCUUGAUACGCAAUGCAAUGUGCAGAUAUUGCCCGGCAACAUCCCCAUGACACGGUUUCGUUCAGUGAACACCAGGGGGCAACUCCCAAACUUCUCGGCGCCAUAGGGCCAUAGUAUGGCGCCUCGGAAAGUAUGCAUAGAAUGCUCCAAGCACGAUGUAUUGAUUGCACUAUCUGUAGAUUAUAUGCGAAUGACAACAUUAAUUGAGAUAACAGCACUUGUUCUGUUGCUCAUGACAUAGGCUGUACUGUAAUUGUAACGUAGUGGAAAUAACAUAGCUGUGUAGCGGUCAUGUAACAAGUGAUCGCGGCCUCAUACAGCUUCCAUGUAGUGUUGUAAGGCCAUUGCAGAGAACUUUUUCAGUUGCAGCGUAACUCGUAAUGGACUUGUCCCAAGCCUUGUCCUUGCCAAUACAUGAUGUGGUUCAAGUAUACCUGAAAAUACUUUCAUUGCGGAACUUGGACAUCCUAAUAUAUUUCCUUUCAUUUUUAAGAUCAGUGGUAUUACAUUAUUCAAUGCUUUGUAGGGUUGCUCCUUUUACUUGCAUAGUGCUUCAGUGCACGCUUUGUGUAUGAUCAGUAUGUGAUAUUUACAAUUGUUAAUUUUUUUUCCCCGCUCUUUUUGUUGUCAAUUUUGAGGUCAAUAUUUCUGUAAUGAAAACAGGCACCUCAGGUUUGAGGUGCUAUUUAUAUGUGAUUCAUCCUCUGCCAUAUAACGCUUUACUCGUCUGUGCUCCAGGAUCAUGCAUUCCUUAGGGGCUGCUGUGCAUUUUGGUGAUCACUAGUCUUGUACAAAGUUGGCAUUUUUCACCAGUUAGUUUGGUGCACAUUGCAUAUGCAGCGCACUUCAUUGACUCCACUACAAAUACUCUAGCCAUGUUAUAUACAAGGAAAACGGAUGACUCUAGUGUGGUUUGGAAGUACUGAUGUGGACGUUCUAAUAUGCUACGUCACAUAAGUGUUAGGAAAGCUGUGAUGUUACGUUGCAUUGUACUCAAAUAAAUCUGUGUACCCAC